AUGUCGGAAGUUCCACACACCAGCCAAGUCACCCUGCCGGUGACGUCCCUUUGGGCCAAUCGCAAAUGCUUGAUGAUUGCUUGCAUUGUCGCGACUGCCAAUACUCAGUAUGGCUUCGAUAGUGCCGCAAUCGGCGCCCUCCAGGCUAUGCCCGGUUUUCUGAAAGUAUUUGGCUUUCCAGAUCCGAGCCAGCCAACUGGCUAUGGGAUUGACAGCACGUUUCAACAACUGAUCGGCUCCCUCUUGACGCUCGGUGCUUUCCUCUCGUCGAUUCUCGCUGGAGCCUUCGGUGCCUUCUACGGUCGCAAGACGGCGCUUUGGUUGGCCUGCAUCCUGAACUGCAUCGGACUGGCCAUUCAAAUUGGCACCACAAACAAGGGGGUGAUUUAUCUUGGUCGAAUUGUCCUUGGAUUCUCAAAUGGCUUCCUUGUCACCUUCUCAAACAUUUACACCGCUGAAAUCGCACCGGCUCAUCUCAGAGGAGUGAUGGUUGCCCUCUUUGCCUAUUGGGUCAAUAUCGGUGCCAUCCUAGGUACCAUCGUCGACAACUAUACCAAGGACCGUCUGGAUAAAGGGUCUUAUCAGAUUCCAAUUGGCAGUCUUUACAUUGUGCCAGUCCUUCUGGGCAUCGGAUUAUUUUUCGUUCCUGAGACGCCUCGGUGGCUGUUGCACCAUAAUAGAGAGAGCCAGGCCAGGAAGUCCUUGGAGACGUUGCGGGCAAACUCGGUGGCUCCAGAGUACUUCGAACUCGAAUGGGCCGAAAUCAUUCGCGGUGUCGAGGAAGAAAGGCGGGUUGCAAAGUCUGUUGGGCUCUUGGAUAUGUUCCGCGGUGCCGAUUUGCGAAGGACGCUCUUGUGCUGGGGUACUAUCUUGACCCAAGCAGGGAGCGGCUCGUGGUUCCCUAUCGCGUACCAAACGUACUUUUUCCAAAUUGCCGGGAUCAAACAAGCUUUCCAGUAUUCAAUCAUGAUUACCUGUAUCGGGUUUGUUGGGGUCAACUGUGGCAUGUACGCCAUGCGCCAUUUGGUUGGCAGAAGAUUCAUCUGUAUCUUUGGAUCAAUUGUGACAAGUCUGUGCUUCCUUGGGAUGGCCAUUGCGCAAAGUGUCCACCCCUUUACCAUUGAGACUGGCAAAGUCACAGUGGCAAUGGUUGCCAUUUGGGGGUUCUUCUAUAACGGCUGCGUCGGCGCUGCGACGUAUCCCGUGGCCACAGAGCUGGUGAGUUCCCGUCUGCGUGCGUGGACUGUGGGAUCGGCAACCUCGAUUCAAUACGUCUUUGCGUGGCUCACCAGUUUCUGCACGCCCUAUUUCAUCAACCCUACCGAUCUAAAUUGGGGUCCGAAGUAUGGCUACAUCUGGUUCGGCAGCAAUAUUGUUUGCGCAAUUUUCUACUUUCUCUGCAUUCCAGAGCUGAAAGGGAGAUCAUUGGAGGAGAUUGACGAGCUAUUCGAGAAGCGCGUCGGUGUCUUCAAGUUCAAGACGUAUCAGACCGAGAUCCAAGAAAAGGCGCUGCACGACGUUCAAGUGAAUACGGGAGCUUUCUUGGACAAGAAGCCAGCGGUGACCCAUGUCGAAGAAUCGCCCGAAAAGGUGGAAUGA